GAAAUACAUGCACAUUUCCUACUGAAGUGUUAGUUUAAAAGUACAGUUUGUGUCAGAGACACUAUCAGGAUGUCUGCCAUCAGCUUGAAGCUCAUAACCUACCUUUGUCUCUGCGGCACAGCGUUAAGUGGCUCAGAUAGCAAUGGAGUAGUCUGGAGAAAUUUGGGGGAAUCUGUCACCAUCCAGUGCAGAUCACCCACCCCAGACCAGCACUACCUGUAUCUGAUUAAAGGUCUUGAGGAUUUUCAAGUGUUAUUCGGAGAAAAGAAAACAGGAACAUAUAAAAUAGAACAAAGUUUCACGAGCAGACUUCAGUGUGAUGGUGAUUUACCAAAUGUGGACAUUGUGAUUAAAAACUUGACCUCUGACGACAUUGGACCAUACUGGUGCGAGUACCAAAAGAUGGACUUUGAUUCCCCUCAACCCUCAAAACAGAGAGGCCAAGGGUCUGUAAUCGUGGUUGUGAGAGACACAGAACAUGAAGAGAAGUGUGAGCAAUGGCCUAGUAAGAAUCUGGUCCUGGUGUCUGUUGUGAUCUGUGCGGUUAUCCUGCUCGUUAUCCUCCUGGUCUUCUUCAUAUGGAUCGUCAAGACCAAGACUCUUGGAACCACUGUGAAACCACAGCGCGUCAGCAACAACGAUGUUUACGAGGACAUGCGAGGAACCAUCAGACGCUAACAAAGUCAUUGUGAAAGAAGCCAACCUGAAACUCCAUUUCUGCACUGACAAGGUGCAAGUGAUGCAUGUGAGCAAAGUAGCAAUUCUGCAUGUUCUCCGACUGUGUGUCUGUCAGCAGAAGACCCAGUGAAGAACCAGUGAAGAUCCUGAACUGCAAAAGGUACAACUUUAGAAAACCUGCACUGUCACUGAAUAGUUUGCCAUUACGUAUAAAAGGCAAAACACAACUUUAUAUCAGAAGAGUACACACGUGUCUCAGUUUGUUUGUCUUAUAGUGUCAAAAACUGGAACUUGACCCACCCGAGAUCCGGAUAUGUUUUUUUUUCAACGUCAAUAUUUGUCCAUAUUCAUGUUAAGUAUUUUCUUAUGAUUUUGUACAAAUUUCAUACAUUUUGAUCCAAUGAUGUCAUGUUUUACUUAUUUCGAGGGUUCAUGUAUAUGCAAUAAAAGAAAAAAAGGGUUCAUAACAACUGUAUUUAGUCUAAAUGAAUAAAUGUUUUUUGAAUGAG